CGUGGUAGAAAAAGCGCCUAUUUUCCUGAGGUGUAAAAUCUCUCUCUUGUGUGGAAAAGAUUGAUUCGAUUUUCUUUAUGAAAUGGACGAUGUAGCUGAUGUACACUUGCGGCAAGAUGUGGAAAUAUGGCUUCAAAGAGCAAUGGCUCAAUUAAAGCUAGUUAAAGAUGAAAAUUUUAGUAAACCCCUGGAAGAAAAACUGAAACAGCUCAACGAUUUUAUGCGUAUGAACCAGAGGAAAAGUACGUUAGAAGAAUGCAGAAAGUUGAUACACAUGGCAUGUCGAAAGACUUUUUCAAAAUUGGUGUUGGAAAAUCACACUAAUAUGAAUACCAGUGCCAUCCCGACCACACUUUACAGUUCGUCGAAUUCGGAACCAGCAGGAAACGUUAGUGAGAGUUGCAUUCCACCUACAGCUCAGCUUGCUGUGGAAACCGAGCAAAGACUUGCAUUAAAAUAUCCCAGGAGAAAAAUUUGCGCAUCAGAGAGUUCUGCUACAAAUAUUGCAAACAGUACUGGAGAAACAUCUAAAAGCUUAUUUAAACGCAGGCAUGAAUUGUUCGCUCCAGCAUCACAGGCAGCCACGUAUGGUGAACAUAAGAGGAUGUUGCAACUUCAGGAUGAAGCGAAAAUACAAAACAAGCAGAAAAUCGCCACAGUUAUCCAAGUCAGUGCGAAGAAUAAUGACAAAUCGUAUGAUAAAGACUUACCCAAAACUGAACCGCAAUCAGUACAUGCCGCUAUUUACAAUGAAGCAACUUCAUUGAAUAGUACCCCAAAUUUGUGCAAAAACAGUCACAACGCUGGUGGACAACUUCCAACAGAUAGCAGAAAUGAUAUGCGUGAAUUAUUGGAAACAGCUAACAAAACCACUCAACAAUCGAGUGGUAACGAUGGCUCUACGGAAGAUAUUACAACAAACGAUAAUACUAUUGGUCAAGUUAUUGAAACUGUUGAAAUGUCCAAACCUGUCAAACCAAGCCAUAAAACAAAAAAUAAAAUAAAUCAUCGCGAGCUGCAUGAUUUACUUUCAUACACUACAGAAAUUUUCCCCAAAUUGAGCAGGAGAAAGAGUAUUUCGAUUAAUGAAGAUCGCACUACAGCAAUUUUCCCAAAAUUAAGCAGAAGGAAAAGUGUCUCGAUUGAAGAAGAUCGCAAUAUGCAAUUGUUGAAACAAUAUGGAAUAACCAAAAAAGUACAAAUAGUUUUGAAACGUAUUGAAGUUGUGCCCGUUCAGAUUGUCCAUCGCACUCGAAGCAAAUCAAUCGACUCAAUGAAAUAUUUGAAAAUCCAAGAAGCAGCUCAGCAAAUUGACCCAGUGCAUAAUAAAAUCAGUGACCGCAGAGAAUCAAUAUCAAUGGAAACGAAAAAACAAACAACAGCAACGUCGACUAUUCCCAAAAAAACCAUACCAACGGCACGUAAAUCGGUCUCCAAACCACAAAAGAAUGUACAAUCAAUGAAUAGUAGCCAACAUCAUAUUGGAAUAAAAAAUGUGAUAAAUAAUGUAACAACCGAAAAGGAACAAAAGGUGGCAACACCUAAAACUGCCUCAGUAAAAAGAACACGAUGCUCCCCAAGUCCACCACCUGCGAAAAGAACUCGUUCGAGUAUAAAUGAUUCAAACAACAUCCGUGCAAUCGAGAAAGGAGUGCAGAAUUCUGAUGAAGAUUCUGACCAAGAUGAGCGAACAAUUCUAUCACCAAAUGUGGCAAUGAACCAAAAUCCUCCGCCUAACAACGAUCCAAAAGUACAUUGCCGCAGCGAUUACAUGGAGAAAUGUUGCCUGUGUUCCUACAAUGGAGAACAAAUGGUGCAACACUAUGUGUACAAUCAUCCAAAGAAGACUGUGUACGUUAGUCGCAUAGAACCCGAGCAGGCAAAGCUUAUAAGAGCGGAUCCAUACGGAAUUAGUGGCCGAAAAGCAGUAUCGAGGUAUGGAGACCAUGAGAUAAUCGUAUUUCGAUGCCAUUUUUGUGACCUUCAGUUGAGCGAAUCGCAAGAGUUAUGGUUGGAUCACAUAUCGAAACAUACUGGUGAAUAUCGUUACAAAUGUAUGUUAUGUCCAACAUUUGCACGAAUUCCAUUCGACAAAGUGACGCAUCAUUCAGUUUGUACGAAACCUUCCAUGCAGUUGUGGCACACUUACACCUUUGAGGAGAAUCACUUGUACGCGUACAUGUGCAACAAGUGUAAUUUUGUGCAAGUUCUUUUCGUAAAUAUGACGCGACACCUCCGAGAGGAUCAUCCAGAGGUUGGUUCAAUUAAGGUAGGAUACAUCAAAUUUAGCUUGGUCAACUUCAACCUGCAGAACGAAGACAUUGAACUGCCAUACGGGAUGGUGAAAUUAGAACCAAUCCUAGACGAUACAAAUAUAAGUACGCAGGUUGAACAAGAAGUGGAACUUACGCUAUCGAAUGAGUGCCAGACACCUUUGCGAACUAUAGUACAGGAGCAGGAUUUGUUACGACCAGAGCCUAUUUUAAUAAAACAAGAAAUUCUAACUGACCGCAUCGAUCAAUACGAAACAAACCACUUGUCCAGCAUCGUUAAAAAAGCGCGUGAUGUUAGUGCGACCUUUCUAAAACUAAAGCCUCAAGAAAGAAGUCAAUAUUCUUGCAACGUUCGUAUUGAAAGACUGCCUGCUGAUAUUGUCUCUUUAACGGACAACAAUACAUCGGAUAAAGCAUCAAGAAACGACAACCCAGUUAAACCUCAAGAAGGAAGUCAAUGUUCUCGCAUCGUUCGUGUUAAAAAGCUUCCCGGUGAUAUCCUCUCAGCUGUGGAUAACAAUAUAUCGGAUAAAGCAUCAAGAAACAACAUUCCAGUGUAUAAUGCAUCCUCGUACAGUAAUCAACUCAAGCAUAGUACAAACAAUGCUGGUUCCAAAAAACCAGCGAACUCUACAGUUGUAUGUCUACAAAAUGAUCAGCGCACCGUAUCGUCAUCAAUGGUAGCUCUGCAGCCCUGGAAUGAAAGUGAUGUCAGUAAAAGGAUGAUAGAAAGGAGUAAAUUAACAGUUCUCUUUUUGACAGCGUCAUACAAAUGCACUGCGUAUAACUGUGGGUUUUACACAGAAACAUCACAAACAAUAGGCUCACAUUUUCAAAAUCACCAAAAACUGGCUUCGUCGCAUCAACCAAUAGCACGUGACAGCUCAUGGUUGGAAUGUUGCUUCUGUAAAUAUGUUUCAUUAAGUGUGCACAAUUUGCUGAAACACGUUGAAACGAUACACAAGUACUCUGCCUAUCAAUGUGAUCGCUGUUGUUACCGGAGCCGGGAUCCCAACAGUGUCAGAGUACAUCAACGGAAUUACCACAUCGAACACGAUGCCGAUGCCAAAAUCUUAUGCAUUCCGGGUCGACAGAAGGAAUACAACUCUGUGGAUAGAGAUAUCAUUAUGAAUGAAUUGAAAAGCAACGUAAAGAUGUUGAAAUGUACAAAUUGUCCGUCAAGAAAAUUCAAUGAUCUGGAACAGUAUCGGAAUCAUAUUAAAUCGCAUGGCGAUACGUACAUUGCAUGCCAUGUUUGUGAUCAGCUAAUGUCAGCAAAGAAGAUAAUAAGCCACAUCAAUUCGCAUAACAUGUUUAUGAUUCAAUGCAUAUAUUGUGAUUAUGGCAUUAAUGAUUUGAAAAUUAUAAAGAAGCAUGUCGCGGAUAAACAUUCUGACAAAUUGUUGUGCUACCAUAUUAGAUGCUGUAAGCCGAAUGUUCCACCAUUCAUCAGAGUGCAAGACAGAAUAUCGCCGGAACGUUUUUUAAAUUGUUAACUAGGGUUCAUAUAAUCUCAGGUUUAAUUUAAAAUAAUUAAUGUAAAAAUAAAAUUAUUCGACUAGGUGUAAUAUUGUAUUCGUCUCGAUUCGUUGUUUUCUUCUCCUUUGGUCCAGUGCCGCUUCAUCGUUUAAUCGUUCGUUUUGCACGAUUUUGGCACGGUGUUGAAUGUGCUAAUCAAAUAGCAA